GUGGUCCCUAUGGUCCCCUCAAAAUGCGGCCACGUUUGGUACGUGGAAUGGCAACCCUUCGAAGUAGCUGAGGCGUACCAAAAUCUUGAUGAGGUUCCACUGCCAGAGGCUCUUCACGAAGUUUUGAUAUUUAAUGAGGAAUGCGUCGAUUUAAUGGAUGACUUUGAGGACUUGCUGCCACCAUUUCUACUGCAGCGAACAGACAUACCAGACUCAUCUUCAACUGCAUUUGCAAACGAGGAAUGCGCUUUUCCAGAUGAAACCUUGAACAUCUCAGACUCAACUGAUGUAGUAAUUGUAGAAGAAAACGAUCAGCCACUAAAACAACCUGAAUCAAGUCGCGUCCUGCGACCACGCGCUAUAAUUGAUGCCGUCCACCUCAAGCGUCCAUCGCCACGAAAACCAAUCUAUAAGAAUGUCACAAGAAGUAAAAAGUCAAAUGGUCGUCGGAACAAAAUCAAAAAGGCAAUUAAUCACCCGCCUGCGGAAUCCGCCUGUCCUACUCCAAUGCCUUGUCAACACCAAGUGAUGCUGGGCCUCCCCUCUGUUCACGACCUAAUUGAUCUUGCGGCCUGUAUUGGGGCUGCUCUCUCUGCUUCAAAUAAGGCCGUUCCGCCCCCACAGCUUAGUUUACAGAAACAGACGCAACCAGUUACAUCGUCACGAUCGCAGAAGCGUAAACAAGCUACAAUCAAUACUAUUACUAACACAGCUGAAAUGGAAUCUACUGCUAUUUUGCGUCGCAGCCGUGCAGUCUUUUCGCGUCUUCAGUCGAAAGCCUGUAGGGUAGCUGUUAGUCGUUCGUCUGAAUUUCUUCUCAAACACCCCUUCCUCUAUCCUUGGGAACGGGACGAAGAUAGAAUGGCUGGAGGGCAAUGGCGAGAUCGGCGUGACUGUUACAAAGCGCUUCUCAGAAGCCUCGAAGAACGAGUUCAGUAUGUAGACACUGACUCCGAUGCCGAGAAUUCGCCGCCAUUACCACGCUCCGGGGAGCCACGUGCCUCAGGCAAGCGGCAACCCAAAUUUUCUACCAUGGGAGCGCUUAAAUGGUUGACGAUUGCCAUUUUCGUCGUGUCGGUUGCAAAUUCAAUUGAGGAUGAAGAGUAUGUGUGGAUGACAGACCCACAAACUCAAGAACGUUACCAGGUCCUCCGGUCUACAUAUGAUCGGGAUAAGGUGUUCUUCGUGGGAGUCUCCACCUUAUCUAAUCGAUUUUCGCCGUCAUACCUCGAUGUACUAGCUAAUCAAUGCUAUGCUAUGACAGGUCCUCCGAGUCUAUUCGAGUUCCUGAAUCACACUUCGACCGCAGUCGCUGAGUUUUGCUUCAACCCAGACAUCUAUUCCUACUCGUUCGAAAUUUAUUUGCGCCUAUUCGAAACUAUCCGAUGGGGACCCUAUAUGGUGGCCGGUCUUGUGGCUGUUGGGUUCACAAUUGCGCGCUUCUUCUUCACCAAAUUCUUCCUUCAGACGAAAAUCGGGCAGCCGUUUACUACAGAGCACUCCCAGAGAAAGGCGAUGACGCCAUUAUGGAAUACGAUUUCCUAUUCUCUUCUCUUCAUUGUUGAAUCCGCAAUUUUACUCAAUUCUGGGUACGAGGAUUUUGUCUAUCCAUUGUGCAUCUUCAAGAAAAUUCACUUCAAGCCCGGUUACUUUGAUGAGCCCUUUCCAUGGCAAUAUUACUGGCUGUACAUGUUUCAAGUCGGCUUCUACAUCCACUCCUUCUACGCCGCUCUGCGACUCGAUAAUAAACGAAAGGACACAUCUGUGAUUCUCAUUCACCACGUCCUCACAAUCGCCCUCCUCUCUUUCUCCUUCUUUGCCAGGCCAGUCUGCUUUUCUACCUUUUGUCUUCCUUUUGCCCAGACGAACACGGGGAAAUCGCUUUGCCUAAUACAAAUUAUUUUUUAUUUGCCUUGCAGAUUUUAUCGAGUAGGGUUGUUGGUUCUCUUUCUACACGACAUAUCUGAUGUGAUUCUUGAGUCUGGAAAAUUUUUAAUUGCUCUUCGCUCAAAAUUUCCAGCUAAUGCCACCAGGCUUGAGCGUAUCGCAAACUGCCUAUUCGGAGCUUUUGUCAUAAGCUGGUUCUACCUUCGAAUCUACCUUUUCCCCACUAAAGUAAUUUACGCCACGACCUGGGGGGUCUACCUUACGCACCUCGACCGAGAGGCCUACUUUUUCCUCUUCUUCAACACGAUGCUCGCUGCUCUCUACCUCCUCCAUAUCUAUUGGUCUUACUUUAUUGUCGUAAUGCUGUGUAAGAAAGUAAUGGGCAGGAUGCCGAGAAUAGAGGACGAAAGGGAUUUCGAAUCAGACACCUCAACCAAUGGAUUCUGCAAACCGGUUGCCAACGGCGUGUUAAAUCACGAGAAGGCACAGUAG